AUGGGGGAAGUUGGUGAACACCAGGCCGAUUUACUCAGCACCUCUGCCCUGGAGGCUAAGACUUCAAGUGGCUCAGAGCAUGGGCAGAAUGAUGACAGUCUGGGCAAUGGCACUUUGGCCCUUCAGAGCGGGUCAUUCGAGAGCCACUGGCUCCAGAGCUCCCAGGCCACCUCACAGCUUAUCUCGGAAGACACAGAGGAAGAGCUUCCCCUGGAGGAGGUGACUGUGGAAGAGCUCCCCGAGACCUCUGGCCUGAGUGACACUCUCGGGCGAGACCUGGAGGUAGAAGUGGUUGAAAUGAGUCAGCUGUCCAUCAGUGAGAGGACGCCCAGCAUCUCCACAGCCAAGCACAGGAGGAAGAAGGUCCGGAGGCUGUCAGAGCUGGCAAAGCCCAAGAUCAAUUGGCAAAGCAUGAGAGACAGGAUAAGGUGCUGUUGUCAGGGCUAUAUGUGGACUUCCCCACGCAAGACCAACUUCCAGUUCUGCCUGUAUUGGCCUUCUGUAUACUGGACAGAGCGGUUUAUCAAGGACACCACCUUGGCCAUCACAGUCCCUGUGGUGUCCCGCCGAGUGGAGGAGCUUUCGAGGCCGAGGCGGUUCUACUUGGAAUACUACAACAACAGCAGGACCACACCCAUCUGGCCCAUCCCUCGGCCCACAUUGGAGUACCAAGCUUCUAGCCGGCUGAAGCAACUGUCCACCCCAAAAGUUCGCAAUAACAUCUGGAGCAUUAACAUGUCGGAGAUUAACCAGGUGUCCAGAGCAGCCCUGAUGGCAGUCCCCAGCCCACGGACAAUUGAGCUGUCAAAGCCCAGGCCCCCAGCCAUGCUGUCAGAAGAGUGGGACCCUAUGCCAAAACCCAAGGCUCAAGUGUCAAACUAUAAACGUCUCCUUCGGCUGGCAACACCCAAGGCUCUGUCAGAAAAUUGUGUUCCUGACCGCAGUCCUCAGUGGGAGGUCCAGGAGGCCACCAAGAAAGCAGUGGCCAGUUCACGGAUCAUCUCCCUGGCCCAGCCCAAAAUUCGAAAGGACCUCAACGAGGGCUACAACCCGUACUACAUCUCCCCGGCCUCCCUGGUAGCCAAUCCAUCUCCUCGUAUUUUCGAGCUUGCCAUCCCAAAAUACAUCACCAAGAAAGUGUGAUAGCCAGGCCUAGUCUACAGCUCUCCCCAGUAAACACCAAGUGCAUCCUCGCCUGUGUGCAUGAUUCCCUGAGCUUCGUGGCCUGGGCAAGGGUGGGCAG